AUGUCUGCUCCCAAGGCAAAUACUGAGCCGCCAAAGGGCGUCACCAUCAUCCGCGACCUCUACAGGAUCGCUUCCGGCAGCGACAAGUUCAGGAAGGUGUUGUGGACGGGAAAGCACAGCCAGUUGGUCAUCAUGACUAUUCCUGUCGGCGGUGAGAUCGGAGAGGAAACGCAUACAGUCGACCAGCACUUGUACUUUAUCUCCGGCACUGCGCAAGCGAUUACCGAUGGCAAUAGGAAAGACCACGUUAAGUCGGGAGACACCGUUAUUGUGCCUGCAGGAACACUGCACAACUUCAAGAAUACAGGACCCACCCCUUUGAUUGUGUCGACCGUAUAUGCGCCUGCAGAACACAAGGCGGACACUGUGCAUGACACGUUGGAUCAAGGCGAGAAAUUGGAGGAUGAGGGAAAGGAUGAACCGCCGACAUGGGCCACAUAG